AUGUCUAAGCUUCGUUAUCCGCUCAGCAACGCGGAUCUGGCCAACUUGCAGUCGAGCUACUCCAAGCCGGCGUGGUGGAAGGAAGCGGUAGUGUAUCAAAUCUGGCCCGCUUCUUUCCUGAAUGGGAAUGCGCAAGAUGGAGUGGGAGAUUUGGGAGGAGUGAUCAGCAAGCUGGAUUAUCUGAAAGAUUUGGGUGCGGAUGUGGUUUGGUUGAGUCCUUGCUACGAGAGUCCGGACAAGGACUACGGAUAUGAUGUGGCGGAUUACAAAAAGAUUGCCGAUAGGUAUGGAUCCAACCAGCAGCUGGAACAGCUUAUUGCCGAGUUGAAGAAGCGCGGUAUGAAACUCAUGAUGGAUUUGGUGCGUUCGUUGCAUGUCGGCAAGCGCAUGCAUCACAACCUUACUCGCGUUCCCCCUCGCCCCCCACCCCCCACCCAACUCGAACUUUUGUCAGAUUGUCAAUCACACGAGCUCGGAGCACGCUUGGUUCAAAGAAUCACUCAAGGGAAAAGAUUCUUCAAAGAGGGACUGGUGAGUGAGCUGCGGGAGCAUUACGGCAGUGACAAUUACACGUUCCUCACUCGCCGCGCGCGCUUCUCGCUCGCUCUGGUGCAGGUACAUCUGGCGCAAGGGCAAGGUGGGAGCGAAUGGGGAAAAAUUGCCCCCCAACAAUUGGGUGGCCUUCUUCACCGGUCCAGCAUGGACGUAUGACGAAGCGUCAGACGAGUGGUACCUGUGCAUCUUUAGUCCAUGGCAACCAGACUUGAACUGGGAGAAUCCUGCAGUGAGGGAAGCUGUGCACGAUGUCGCCAAAUUUUGGCUCGACAAGGGCGUAGCGGGUUUCCGCAUGGAUGUGAUCAACGAGAUCAGCAAGACGUACAAUGCCGAUGGAUCUCUGCCCGAUGCGCCCAUCACCGAGCCUCAUUCAAAGUAUCAACCCGCUGUAUCGCUAUUCUGCGACGGGCCGCGCGUACAUGAAUUCAUACAGGAGCUGGGUGAAAAGGUGCUCAGCAAGUACGACACCAUCACGGUGGGCGAGACGCCGCACGCAAAGCAUCCCGAUAUCCUCUUGCCUUGGACGCAUCCUGGUGAGCCAUCAAUUGCUUAGUUGAUGCCUGACUUGUGGUUGAUGUUCUGCUGCCCUCCCUCCCCUGCCCUCUUUGUACCGGCAGCGCGCCACGAGCUGCGGUCUUGCUUCACCUUUGACCUGCACGAUCAAGACGGAGAUCAGCAGUGGCCCUUGAUCCCAAAGAAGAUCCACUUGCCGCAUUUCGCCGGCAUCGUGAACAAGUGGCAGACGUACUGUCACCGAACGAGCGCAUGGUUGGCCAACUACUUUGAGAAUCACGAUCAAGCACGCACGGUCAGUCGAUGGGCUUCUGACAGUGCCGAACAUCGCAAGACGGCAGCGAGAAUGAUUAGUCUCUUCCAAACGAGCUUGAGCGGAUCUUUAUACGUGUACCAGGGUCAAGAGAUUGGCAUGAAGAACAUUCCGCAUGAUUGGCCCAUCGAGGAGUACAAGGAUGUGGCUACGGUCAAUUUCUUGAAGGAAUGUCGAGAGAUGGUUGAGCAAGGCAGGCAGCCUCCGGCUGA